UCCCGAACUCCACUAUAAAAGAGGCAGAGCUCUCUGUCUGUUAACCAAGACCCGUAAAGAAAAGCAGCUCUUGCACUUGCAGGAUCGGAGCCACGAUCGUGAAGCCCAGUUUGACGAUUAUUGUCCUGACCAAGGCCGAGCAUGGCAGCAACCAAGAAGUUGAGUUUGAAGCUUCUUGUCGACAAGAGAAACCAGACCGUGCUCUUUGCUGAAGCCGGAAAGGACUUUGUGGAUUUCCUUUUCCAUUAUCUGGCCUUGCCAGUUGGAACUAUUGCGAGUCUUCUCCCUAGAGCAGGCGUGGCCUGUGGCUUGCGCAAUCUCUAUGCAAGUGUCGAGAAUCUCAGCGACACAUACAUUGAACACAGAGAGAAAGAGGCUCUGUUGAAUCCCAGGGCACGGAGCUCUGGUCCUGAUGUUCUGCGCUUAUUGUUGCCCAAAGCUUCACCUUUAGCAACGAUUGAAUGCUACACUUGCGAUAAUUUAUUUGCAGGCGUUUCAUGCCGUAGCUGUGUGACAGAUUCCCCUUCUACGAGAUGUCCUGUUUGCAACAAUGCGAUGAGCAAGAAACUGUCAUGGGUUGCGGGACCAGCUGCUGGUGCCCCGUCCUCGGCCAAGGUACCUGGUGGGGAGGGUGGUUAUGUGAAGGGGGUGGUCACGUACAUGGUGAUGGAUGAUCUGGUUGUGAAGCCCAUGUCCACCAUCUCUUCCAUUACUCUCCUCAACCAGUUCAAUGUGCAUGAAAUUGGGCAUGUCCAAGAGAAGUUGAUUGACUUUGGCUUGGAAGAGGCCAUAAAGCUGCUGAGCGCUUCAUUGCACUCCAAAACGGUUCUCACAGACAUAUUCAGCGAGGUUCUCACAGACUGAUUCAGCUGGGGAAGGCCUUAGUGAAACGCUAUUCUUCCAACUUCAGAAACGCUCCGUUCGUAUUGGCUUGCUAGGGGAGUUUGUUCCUGCUGCUUUGUAAGAUGCUGAUGAAGCUAUUCAAUCCACGAUGUGAAAUUAGUCUCUAAUUAUAUAUUAGCUUACUGAGAAAUUAGUUCCUGAGUGAUGAUUGAUAUGUGGUAGUAUGGUGUCUAAGAAGGAGGUUGCUUCUAAUGUACGUACGCUUGUAA